CUGCAGCAAGCUAGCUGGGAAGCUCCCAGUUCUAAAGAGAGGCUGUUUACCAGAAGAGCAAAACAAGGGCAGGUCUCACUGCAAGGCUGGGACUGGGAGGCAGAGCCGAGGCCAAGGCGACCCCGGUUGGACACUGGUUGGUCAAUCACCCGCAAGAUGAAGGAGGUGAGGAUGCUCUUGGCCUGGGUGCAAACAUUCCUCAUCAGCAACAUGCUCCUAGCAGAAGCCUAUGGAUCUGGAGACUGCUUCUGGGACAACGGCCACCUGUACCGGGCGGACCAGCCCUCCCCAGCACCGGGCGUGCGCUGCCUCAACUGGCUGCAGGCGCAGAGCGGCCUGGCGUCUGCCCCCGAGUGGGACGCCGGCAACCACAGCUACUGCCGGAAUCCGGACCAGGACCCGCUAGGGCCCUGGUGCUACGUCAGCGGCAACGCCGGUGCUCCCGAGAAGCGGCCUUGCGAGGACCUGCGCUGCCCAGAGACCACUUCCCUGUCCCCUCCAACCUCCACAACAGAAACUGAGGAGGCGUCUGAAGUGCCAAGUGGAGAGGAGGUGCAGUUGUUCGCUCCUGCCAACGCCCUGCCUGCCCGGAGUGAGGCAGCAGCCGUGCAGCCAGUGAUUGGGAUCAGCCAGCGGGUGCGGGUGAACUCCAAGGAGAAAAAAGACCUGGGAACCCUCGGCUAUGUGCUGGGCAUUACCAUGAUGGUGAUCAUCAUUGCCAUUGGAGCUGGCAUCGUCUUGGGCUAUACCUACAAGAGGGGGAAGGACCUGAAAGAGCAGCAUGACCAGCAGGUGUGUGAGAGGGAGAUGCAGCGAAUUACCCUGCCCUUGUCUGCUUUCACCAACCCUACCUGUGAGAUCGUGGAUGAGAAGACUAUUGUGGUCCACACCAACCAGACUCCAGUGGACCUUCAGGAGGGCAGCGCUCCCCUCAUGGGUCAGGCGGGCACUCCUGGGGCCUGAGCCACCAGUAAUGGACAGGAACCCAGGCAGAUACUGGUACAGGACAGCCUACCCUCCUACAGUUGGGAGGAACUACACUUUCUGUUGUGGUUAAAACCGACCCCCAACCUUUUUUUUUUUUUUUUAAGUUCUAAAACAGAAGCAGGUGUUGUGCUAGGCAGGGUCUUACCAGUGUUCCUCCUCCAUCCCUUGGAGCAGGAUUUUGCCUAUGGAUGGAGACAGCAGCAGCCCACACAGCAGUGCUGCUGACAAGGGCUUCCAAACAUUGCCUGUGCCCUGGAACUGAACCAGGGACAGACAAGGAGCUCCCCCAGGCUCCUCUGUGCUUUAUUAUCUAAGAUGGCCUCAGUCUCCGCCCUUCCAUUUAUUCUCUGUGGGCUUGAGUGGCGCAUACUGUUAUCCAUAGUUCAGGUCAAGUGGGUCAAGAGGUAGUAUUUAAAAAAUAUAUUUAGUUUUUAAAAUAGUUGGGAUGUAACUCCCAACUGACCUCCGAGAAGUCAAAACUGUGGGUUGAGAACGGGAUCUAGGCUGGGGGCUCCUGGGGGUGCUCCAGCUUGUUGGUGGUGAUGUGCCUUGAUAACCGUGGGCUGGCCCCAGGCCCAGGGACUCUAUUUCAAAAAGAAGGGAAGGGAUUCAGAAUCACAUUGAACAUUCCACUUGGGAAGAGGGCAGAAAAGGAUCCGCGGCUGCUUUAAGCCACAGGACCUGAGGGGGACCUGGGGUACCCUAGACAGUCUCUGUUCAGGGUGGAUAAUGACCUCUUCAUUUUUCAGGGGUAAGACAACAGCUAACUAACCUAUGGGAAUUACACUGUGGGGCAUUGUGAGCUGCUUCUGCUUCUUAACUCAGAAACUAAGCUCAAAGUUUGCAGGUGGCUCUCUGGCCACUAGGCCAGUGCAUUCCUCUGGGGUAGUAGAGCUAGGGUCACAACCCCUAACUCCUAAACAAUCAGAACCAUUGGAAGGGACCUUAGGGUUCCUCAAGUCUUUGGACACAGGGGCCCAUAGAGGGAAAGUAAUGCUCAAGGUCAUAGAGCAAGCUGCUGGCAUGGCCAAGAGGAGAGUAACAUUUCUCCACAGCACUGUGCUGCCCUGAGCCAAUGGCUCAGCAGGGCCUCCAAGCCCUGAUGUCACACUUGGAGGCCUUAGCAGUGCUCCCUAUCCAGUGCUUCCUUCCCAAAGCCCCACAUGGAGAGGAGGGUCAGUAGGGACCAUUCUCUUCAGCAGACUAUUUCUGGGAGUGGUUUGCUGAGGGGACCUAGGCCUCAUGGGUCCCUCGGUGUUAGUGAUGCUGAAGAGAACAGUACAUUACUGGUUUCUACUUUUCUAUAAAAGCAUUUUCUCUGUGUACAUGUUUUAUAUACCUCAUUCUGAUACCUGCAUAUACAGUGCAGGAAAUUGCUCUGCAUUUGACUUGUAUAAAUUAAAAAACAAACAAAAAAACCCCCAGAA